AUGCUUGCCGAACCAUCAAAAUAUCAGACGAAAGAUUCCACAUUCACACCUGCGUUACAAAGAGCACGUCGUCCAUGGCUUGUACGAAAUGCAUUAACUGGUAUUGGGUUACUUGGUUUCGUUGGAGCAGUGUACGCGUAUUCAAUGUAUGCAGUGAAACAGGAUGAUUUCAGCGAUGUUGGUAUGCCACCAUUGCCACCGCAAUCUGAGAGUGAUAAAAAGAUAGAGACUUCUGGUGGAUGA